AGAUACAUUCUUCCCUGAAAUAACAAAUCAGGUCCCAGGAUCACGACACUUGCCAGGAUCAGAACAGCUUUCAAUCCUGCUGGGGGUGUUGUAGAAAGGUAUGCUGUACUGUGAUCUCUCAGAAAUAAAAACAAGGAGGAGAAAAGAAUAGUCUGUACUAAAUUUAAAGGUUUGUGAAUUCUUACUGCUUUGCCAGCAUUUUAAUUAAUCAAAAUCAUUAUCAAGUAUUAUGAAUCUGAAUUUGAGAUACAAACGUGUGAUUACUUCGCCGCUGCUUGAUGUCGAUUCAAACUCCAAACGCAGUUGUCUAUUCUCGCCACUAGGCGCGCUGUUUACUCCCCGCUGUGUCGGCCUCAACAUUUGUGACUGGAUAGUGAAGGUUUUUUUUUCAAUCCGGCUCCAACAUGGCUACCUUAACAACCGCGGCGUCAGCGGGGACCUGUUUUGAGGUACAGGAUGACAGUGAAUUCCAGCCUACUAGCUGUCAUGAUAAAGAGUUUUACAUACAGAGUUGGAAAGCGAAAGCCGCUCAGUCCAAGAAAGUGGAUUUCAUCCGAGAGGCAGACAAACUUAAAAACCAGAUUGCCAAACUUGAAAAAAGAUUUCAAAGACAGCUGCAGGAUGUGAAGCCCACUCCAGACUAUAUUGGAAAACUGAAGGAAGUAAUGGAAGAAGUUGAAAACUCGAUUAAUAAUUUCAAAGAAGAACAGCGGCAAAUUUAUGAGGAGCUCUUGAACGAAGAGAAGACGUGCGCUCAGGAAAUCCUGGGCUUGGAGAAGAAGAUUGAUACCUGGGCUUUAGCAGUCGCUGCUCCACCGCAGACCUGUUCCAAGGUCCCACUCGCCAAGUCGAUCGAGGAGAACCUGCCUGCUGAAGUGGCGGAGCUUGAAAAGUUCCUGCAGCAGACGGGAGGGAGGCAGGGCGGCUGGGAUGACUUUGAUCAUCAGAACUUCCUAAGAGUCUGGACAAAGCACAGCGGGAAGCCAGCAUACCUGAAGGAAGCACUGAUGUAUCUUCCGGGCAGAACUGAGGAAGAGAUUAAACUCCAUGAAAACUGGUAUCAAGAGUUUCUUUUCCUUGAAGAAAGGAAAAAGGAGGCGAUAGCGAAGUGGAAGAGUAAGAGGCGACGGGAGAAGGAGGAGCUGCUGCAGCAGAAGGAGACGUCCGAAGGAGAGCUGGCGAGACAGCAGGCGGCGCGAGAGGAGGCCCGGCGGAAGAGAGAGGAGCAGGAGAGGAGGGAGAAGGAGGCCCAGCUGCAGGACUGGAGGGGGCAGAAGGAGCAGCAGCGGCGCCGGGAGGAGCAGCGGCGGCUCCGGGAGGAGGCGCUCCGGAGGAGGCGCGAGAAAGAGGAGCGGCGGCGGCAGCUGGAGGCGCGGCUGGCGGCGGAAGAGUACGCGCGGCAGAAGAGGGAGCGGGAAGACCGCCUCCGGGUCGAAAACGAGCUGCGAGAAAGGGCGGAGCUGGAGGAGAAGAGGAGGCAGGCCGCCAGUGAGAUUGUGAAAUUCCAAGAGCGAGAUCUUCUCAAAUUAGAGGUCAAGCUACAAGAAAAACAAGCAAAGGAGGAGGAUAAAGCUGAGCGUGAGAAAAGACUCGCCAAGCUAAAAGAGAAGGUGGAAGCUCACAUAAGCAGAGAUCCCUCAAGACUCUGGAAACCCACAAAGGGCUGGGAAGAACGCACUAAAGAGAUCGGUCCAACAGGGGGAGGCCCUGUGUUGCACUUGCCUCAUAGAGCGGUCCCAAGUUGGAGACAAGGGAUAUAAGCAGGAUUGUUAUCACGAAGGAAUGAGGAUGGUCAAACAUUGUAGAAAAAAAUAAUGUGAUUUCAUACCUCAAUUUCAAGCGUUGUUUUUUUAAAUGAUGACUCUUGUAUAUAUUAUACUGGUGUGACUCUUGAGUCUUUAUAUUUUUUUACAUUGAUCUAUAAUUCUUUGAUAAAACUGACUUUUUGUGGGAUAAGUUGUUGCAGUAUUUGUUACUUCUGAGAUGAUUUAUUUAAAUUGUCUUCUAAUCUGUAUUAGUUGAAUUACAUUGUCUAAUAAUAGUCUUGAAGCAGUUGUAAGUUUAGACUACUAUAAUGGUUAGGCUUUCUAAUUAUAACAGGAAGACAGAAAAGUAAAAGGGGGGACUUUUAGCCUGUAACAUGCCCAUUCAGCUAUGGAGAUUUGUGCAGUUUCACACGGGCAAAUCAACUUUAUUUCAUUUAAGAGAUACUGUAGUCUCUCACUGCUCAGGAUAGAAGACAUUAAUAUUGAACAUAUAAUAGUGUCUGCUUGUCACGUAAUGGACAUACAGUCACCAAGAACAAAACAGAUGUAAUCUUCGGUUUCCCAUUCAAUUUAUUGAACAACAGUGGAAGUCCUGAUCAGCCAUUUCUGUAAGAUACUGUAUCUGGCUUUGCACCAGAAGGCAUUUAAUUGAACAUUUACUUCAAAAAACAUUUCUUCUAAGGUUUAAAGGAUAGUUUUGUGUUUUUUAUUCUUUUUUUUCCAGUUUUAAAAUGCAACACUGAAGUUUAGAAAACAUUGUGCCUACUUGAUACAUCAAUAAAUCUGAGUUGUUUUGCAUCCAAACCUAUAGAAUAUUGCUUGUAAGAAUAUUACAUUGCUUGUAAUUCUUCUAUAAUAUCUUGCUACAGAAUCCUUUCAAAAGUACCUGAAUGCAGUUCAAAUUUCAUAAUUUGUCAUUGAAUAUUUUUAUUAUAUGUUUAAUGUUUCUGUAGAUCAUGUCCAGCAUUGCAAUAUAUGAUCAAUGGAAAAAGGUGUAUAGAUGAAACAAUCUCUGAUAAAAGGGGAAUAUGGAGUGUUCAUUAAUUAUAUAUACAUUCUCCUUAAUGAGACAGAUGACAAGGAAGUAAGACCAUACAUAAUGCUUAUUAUUUUGGGUCAAAGCACCUAACUCAGAAUUAACUUAAUGAAAAUGAGUUGCCUUUCUUAAAAUGUUUAAUAAACCCCUACUAAACCAUAA